AUGGAGAAGAAGAAGUAUCCAAUUAAGCCGGAGCAUUAUGAAUUGUUCGAGGAGAUCGGACAGGGUGUGAGUGCCACCGUUCAUAGGGCUCGAUGUGUCCCUUACGAUGAAAUCGUCGCCAUCAAGAUUCUCGAUUUCGAGCGGGACAACGUUGAUUUGGUGAAUAUUUCCAGGGAGGUACAGACAAUGAUACUAGUGGACCACAAUAAUGUCCUGAAAUCACAUUGCUCCUUUGUGAGCGACCAUAAUCUAUGGGUGGUGAUGCCAUACAUGGCAGGAGGUUCCUGUCUUCAUAUAUUGAAGGCAGCUUUCCCUGAUGGUUUCGAGGAAGUAGUCAUAGCCACCAUACUGCGGGAGGUGUUGAAGGGUUUGGAGUAUCUUCAUCAUCAUGGUCACAUUCAUCGAGAUGUUAAAGCUGGCAACGUUCUCAUUGAUGGACGUGGUGCGGUAAAACUAGGAGACUUUGGUGUUUCUGCUUCCCUUUUCGACUCAGGUGAUAGACAACGUAUGAGGAAUACAUUUGUUGGAACUCCAUGCUGGAUGGCACCUGAAGUCAUGGAACAAUUACAUGGAUAUGACUUCAAGGCUGAUAUUUGGUCUUUUGGGAUUACUGGUCUAGAACUUGCCCAUGGGCAUGCUCCUUUCUCCAAAUAUCCUCCAAUGAAGGUGUUGCUCAUGACUCUCCAAAACGCGCCCCCAGGUCUUGACUAUGAAAGAGAUAAGAAAUUCUCUAAAUCCUUCAAGCAGAUGAUUGCUAGUUGCUUAGUGAAAGAUCCCUCGAAACGGCCUUCUGCAAAGAAAUUGUUAAAACAUUCAUUUUUCAAGCAAGCCAGGUCUAGUGACUAUCUAUCACGGACACUUUUAGAGGGAUUGCCUAAUCUUGGUGAUCGUAUUAAGGCAUUGAAGAGGAAGGAAGAGGAUAUGCUUGCACAAAAGAAAAUGCCUGAUGGGCAGAUGGAGGAAAUAUCACAGAAUGAAUACAAACGAGGAAUUAGUGGUUGGAACUUCAACCUUGAAGACGUGAAAGCUCAGGCUUCUCUGAUCCCAGACGAUGAUAUAGUUGCUGAUAAUUGUCAAAGUGGUAGCUCAAGUUCUCUGUCAGCACUUGAUGGGCAUGAUAAACAAUAUGAAUCGCAGGCCUCAUCUGUCAAGCCAGCUAUCGAAUUGGAUGAAAAUGAUAUGGUGCGAAAUCGACCUGUUCCUCUUCAAACAGUAAAAUCGUUUGUUAACUUUACAAAAAUCAGUGGUGAGAAGUCUGAUGAUGAGUACAACCUUCCAAGUCCAUCUGGCUCAGUUUCACAGCUCUGUUCGCCUCGUUUUGUUGACAACAAUGCUCCUGAAAGACCCACUUUUGAAAUAAAUACAAAAAUUCCUGAGAGCAUGCCUAUUUAUUCUCAAAGCAAAUUGAUAGGGCCUGGUAGCCUCAGCUUCAAUUUUUGUGAUCCUGUUGGUCCGCAAAGCAAAGGGGACAGUGAUAAAUUGGUCACGCAACUCCCAAGAAAUCCAUCAUACAACGGCUCAACAGUGGCGUUCGAUGGUGAAGCCAAAUUACCUGGCAGUAGUGAGGAAACAGAUGACAAAACAAAGCCACCUGUUGUUCAACAAAGAGGACGUUUCAAAGUCACCUCAGAGAAUGUAGAUAUAGAAAAGGUACCACCAUCCCCAUUGUUGCAGAAAAGCCACAGCAUGCAGGUAAGGGGUUCAACAGAUGAAACUAGCCUAUCUGUGAAAACAAGGGUGAUCACUCCUAUUCCUGGGAUGCUUCUUUCGCCAACACCAGAAGGCAUAUCCUCAAGUCUUUCGGUUUACUCUGUAUAUCCACUCGUACAGUCUGUUCUUCAGGCAAACAUUAUUCAAAGAGACACCAUCCUUGGUAUAAUGAAGCAGUUGUCCAACUGUGAAACUACAGCCCUUCGUGGCCUUGAAGGAGGAUCUGCUCAACAACUUGCUUCCAUGGAGAAAUCUUUGAUGGAAACAAUGCAUGAGAGGGAGAAAGAGUUGGUUCUUGAAGUAACAGAUCUAAGAUGGAGGCUGAUAUGUGCCCAGGAAGAACUCCAGAAGUACAAAACAGAAAAUGCCCAGAUCUCAAGUAGCAGCAGAGUGGAAGUAGAACAAGUGCCACAGGUACGGCAUCAUAUCAAUGGAAUCAAAGAAGAAGUUGUUAUUAGUCAUCAGAGAACAGGAGAUAACGCUAUCACUAACGCUGCUGCUGCCACCGCGGCAGCAAAGAAGCCUAAUAUAUUGAGUAGGGUUGUGAGUAUGAAGUAG